AAGUUUAUAGCAACAUUUAGUGGUAACUGGUACUAGUACUGCCUGUUAAGUGUUCCCCCCCACUUCCACCAUUUUCUUCUCUUUCCACUUUCCUCUCCACAUUCUCAUCCUUCUAAAAAUUUCUCUUCCAUUUUCUCUCUCUUCUUCUCAUUUCAAGAAUUUGGUUUUAGAAGAGAUUAGGGUUUGAAAAUGGCGGAGGAUAACGAGACAAAGCCUGCUGAUCCUGCCAUUGAUUCUCCAACUUCUGUUCUCGAAGACGAGGAUGUUGUUAAGGAAGAACCUGAAGUCAAAUUGGAGGAUGAUUUACUUCUUGAUGCGAAAAAUGGAGAUAUUGCUCUUAUAUCUAAAGAAAUGGCGGAAGAAGAAGAGAAGUUGCUUGAAGCGAGAGUGAAGGAAGAAGAGAAAUUGGCGAAUGAAGCCGGCGAUUUGAAUGAGAUUCAGUUUUCUAAAUUAGAUGAUCUUUUAACUCAAACACAGCUUUACUCAGAGUUCUUGCUAGAAAAGAUGGAUGACAUUACAUUAAAUGGAGUGGAAGAACCAGAAGAAGAGCCUAGCAAGGGAAAGAAAAGAGGACGGGGUGGAAAGAGGAAAGGUGCACAGUAUGAUGAUAGGAAAGCAAAGAGAGCAGUAGCGGCAAUGCUCACUAGAUCUCAACAAGGGACAACUGCUGAAGAUGCUGAUCUUACUGAGGAAGAUAGAAUUGUGAAGGAGCAGUCUGAGCUAAUUCCUCUGUUGACUGGUGGAAAGUUAAAGUCCUACCAAAUCAAAGGAGUGAAGUGGCUGAUUUCUCUUUGGCAAAAUGGGCUUAAUGGAAUUCUUGCUGAUCAAAUGGGACUUGGAAAGACAAUUCAGACCAUUGGCUUUCUGGCACAUCUUAAAGGGAAGGGUUUGGAUGGGCCAUAUAUGGUGAUUGCUCCUCUCUCUACUCUGUCAAACUGGGUGAAUGAGUUUAAUAGGUUUACGCCUUCAGUGAAAGCAUUAAUUUAUCAUGGUGAUCGAAAAGAGAGGAAUGCAAUAAGGCUCAAAUAUAUGCCAAAAAACAUUGGUCCAAAUUUCCCAAUAAUCGUCACUUCUUAUGAGGUUGCUCUUAAUGAUUCCCAGAAGUACUUAAGGCAUUACAAGUGGAAAUAUGUUGUUGUUGAUGAGGGCCAUCGUUUGAAAAAUUCAAACUGCAAAUUGUUUAAAGCGCUAAAGCUUUUGCCAGUUGAGAAUAAGCUUCUGUUGACUGGAACACCAUUGCAGAACAACUUGGCUGAGUUAUGGUCAUUGUUGAAUUUCAUAUUGCCUGACAUAUUCUCAUCUCAUGAGGAAUUUGAGUCAUGGUUUGACCUAUCAGGAAAACGCAGCAAUGAAGCUGUUGAGGAAGUGGAAGAGAAAAAGAGGGUUCAGGUGGUGGCUAAGCUACAUGCCAUAUUACGUCCAUUUCUCCUUCGCAGAAUGAAAUCUGAUGUUGAACUAAUGCUCCCACGCAAGAAGGAGAUUAUAUUAUAUGCUACCAUGACUGAGCAUCAAAAGAACUUUCAGGACCACUUAAUCAAUCGAACUCUGGAGAAUCAUCUAGUACAGAACGUAACGUUAGGGACUGCACCACCUGGGUUGAAAGGAAAGCUUAACAAUCUAAUGAUUCAGCUCCGGAAAAACUGCAAUCAUCCAGAUCUAUUGGAGUCUGCUUAUGAUGGAUCAUACUUCUAUCCUCCUGUAGAACAAAUAGUUGGACAGUGUGGCAAGUUCCAGCUGCUGGACAGGUUGUUAACUGAGCUUUUUGCACGUAAACACAAGGUUCUGAUAUUCUCUCAGUGGACCAAAAUUCUUGACAUAAUGGAUUACUAUUUCAAUGAGAAGGGUUUUAAGGUUUGCCGAAUUGAUGGCAGUGUAAAACUUGAAGAGAGGAAGAGACAGAUAAAGGAGUUCAAUGACAUAGAUAGCGACUAUAGAAUAUUUAUUCUCAGUACAAGGGCUGGAGGGUUAGGUAUUAACCUUACUGCUGCAGACACUUGUAUUCUUUAUGACAGUGACUGGAACCCCCAAAUGGAUCUGCAGGCAAUGGAUCGUUGUCACAGGAUCGGUCAAACUAAGCCUGUUCAUGUUUAUAGGCUUGCGACUGCACAAUCUGUUGAGGGCCGUAUGCUGAAAAGGGCCUUCAGUAAGCUGAGGCUUGAACAUGUCGUCAUUGGCAAGGGGCAAUUUAAGGCAGAGAGGGGAAUGAAUGAUAUUAUGGAGGAGGAGGAUCUGCUGGCACUGCUCCGGGAGGAAGAGGAUGCUGAAGAUAAGAUGGUUCAGACAGAAAUUAGUAAUGAAGACCUCCAAAAAGUUCUUGACCGUAGUGACUUGUUGGUUUACGCAGCAGGUGAAGAAGACACCACUGUUGAGAAAUUUGUGCUUCCGCUUAAAGGACCAGGUUGGGAGGUGGUCAUACCAACCGCAACAGGAGGUGUUUUGUCAACUCUCAACAGCUAAUUCAACUCUUUUCAGUGAAUAUGAGACUCCUCGCCUCGUAGAUUUUUAUUAGCAGGGGCUGAAUGCGAUCUUUUUUGACGGGAAGCUGGUGGAUUUUGUCUGUAGGCAUAGUGGGUGAGUGAUAUAUUAGGCUCCUUUCAUUUUGUUUCAUUUGGCAGUUAGGGAGCAAGUAAAGCCAUUGAGAAAGGAAGCUUCUUUUGUAAAUUACUUUGUCAGCUGUGAAGAUGAAAGAUGAUUCCAUGUUUCAACUUUUAUUAUAUGCUCCGUAAUUAGUAAUUACUACUAGAUGAAUGGAUUGGGCUUUCUCCAAUCUCUUGGUCAGAUAGUAGUAUCGAAUUAUGUAAGAUAAUUUGCUUUUGACCAGAAAAUGCCGCUAAUGCCAAUUUUGCUACACAUUCAAACUUCA